GCAUCACUGUUAGUAUCUGUCAAAAUUGAGCUCUCUCCAUUCUGUCAUACGUUGGAACAUAAAACCCGGUAAAUCUUCAAAAAAAAACAUUUUGCUUCGUUUUCCCGUAGAAAUGUAUUCAUUGCUGCAUAAGGAAGAGUCGGCUCAUGAUGAAAGCAUCUGGGCUUGCAGCUGGGGACGUAUAAAAGUGAACAACGAAUUAGAGUCAGCUGAAAGGGACGACGACAAUUCGGUUGAUUCUACAGCUUCGUUUCGCGAUUUCAUUGUUACUGGCGGCUUAGAUGAUCGCGUUAAAGUUUGGGACGUAACGUCUGACAAUAAGCUCAAGUUGAGAAAUACGUUCACUGGUCACUCUCUGGGUGUUGUAUCUGUAGAUGUGAGCAGCGAUGGAGAAGUUAUUGCGAGCAGUUCGCUCGACUCAGGAUUAUGUGUCUGGAUGGCGGAGACUGGACAGCUAUUGAAUCAGAUUGCCCUUGGUCCAGUUGAUCUCUGGACAGUUGCAUUCCCUUGUGACAAGUACAUCAUUUCCGGAUCACAUGAAGGAAAAAUUUCGCUGUAUGGAGUCGAAACUGGAAAGGCCGAGCAGGUGCUGGAUCCUCAAAACGGAAAGUUUACCCUGAGCAUCGCUUAUAGUCCGGACGGAAAAUACAUUGCAAGUGGGGCUAUUGAUGGAAUAAUUAACAUAUUUGAUGUGGCUGCUGGUAAAGUAGCUCAAACCCUAGAAGGACACGCUAUGUCCGUUCGAAGCCUAUGCUUUUCACCCGAUUCUCAGAUGUUGUUGACCGCUUCGGAUGAUGGGCAUAUGAAGCUGUAUGAUGUUGCCAAUUCCGAUGUAGUUGGAACGUUAUCGGGACAUUCUUCAUGGGUCUUAUCCGUAUCAUUCUCCGGUGAUGGCAGGAGUUUUACGUCGUCGUCGAGUGACAAAAGUGUCAAAAUAUGGAACGUUGCCGAGCGUCAGUGCCUACACACUUUUAAUGACCAUCAGGACCAAGUAUGGGGAGUAAAAUACAGUCCAGAUAGCUCUAAAGUUAUUUCGGUAUCGGAAGAUAGAAGCGUAAAUUUGUAUGAUUGUCCGCCAAAUGUUUCCUGAAUUGUAAACUCUGAUGGAUGAAAUACAGACGAUUUAAUUCAGCAA